AUGUCGUCGCGGAAACGUUUCUCGCUGCCGGUGCUGCUCGUAUUCCUCCUCGGGUUAUUGUUCCUCGCCGGCGCAACCGACACGCUUCAUCGGAAGGAUCAUAAUAGCCAGUCAGCAGCAUCCGCCGCGAUCUCACGUAAACUGCUACGCGUAGUCCAUGGAGCGAAACAAGCCAAGAAACAGCCAUCGGACGGCGAAGCUUUGCCGAGGGGCAUCGUGCACGGCACGUCCAACCUCGAGAUGGUAUCCAUGGUCGGCGACCCUGAGAAGCAGCACGGCGGCAGGCUACCCUCGAAGAGCCUUCUGGCGAUCCCGGUGGGCAUCAAGAACAAGGCCGCUGUCGACAAGCUCGUCUCCAAGUUCCCGGCCGACAGAUUCACGGUAAUGCUCUUCCACUACGACGGCGCCGGGGAGGAGCAGUGGGAUGACCUCGAGUGGUCGCGCCGCGCGGUGCACGUGUCGGCGCGCGGCCAGACCAAGUGGUGGUUCGCCAAGCGGUUCCUGCACCCGGACAUUGUUGCCGAGUACGACUACGUCUUCCUGUGGGACGAGGACGUUGAGGUGGACUCCUUCGACCCUGUCCGGUACCUCGACAUCGUCAAGAGAGAAGGGCUCGAGGUAUCUCAGCCGGCACUCGACCGCCGGUCCGAGAUCCACCAUGGCAUCACGGCGCGUGCACUGCUGAGGCCUGGCGUCCAAGGAGGGGGCGACGUGCACCGGAGGUUCUAUAAGGCGGCUUCGGCCUUGGGAAGAGGAGGGUGCGACGACACCAGCACGGGGCCGCCGUGUGCCGGGUGGGUGGAGAUGAUGGUGCCGGUCUUCUCCCGGGCGGCGUGGCGCUGCAGCUGGGGCAUGGUCCAGAACGACCUCGUGCACGCCUGGGGCCUCGACUACAAGCUCGGCUACUGCGCGCAGGGCGACAGGACGCUCAAGGUCGGCGUCGUCGACAGCGAGUACGUCCUACACAGGGGAGUCCCUAUGCUCGGCGGGACCGAGGGCAAGGCCGCGGAUUUCCGGGUCGCCGUGAGGAGGCGAUCGCAUGCUGAGAUGCAGAUUUUCGACAGGAGAUGGAAGGAAGCUGCAGCCAACGACGUGUCAUGGACAGACCCUUACCAGUAA